CCUCUAAUUCUAAUAUCACGACAUCAUGACGUAAUGAGCACCCUUUCUUCGCGCUGUGCUUAUCGGACAAUUCGACGGUCACUGUUAAACCCUGGUUUAUGGCACUGAAAUUUAAGAGUAUUGAAGCGUUUUAUUCGUAAUACUCGGGUCAGUUAGAACUGGUUAUUUGGACGUGAACAUUAGACAAAAGGGCACAGAGAAACAACGGGUUGAUUACUCAUUCAAACGCUCAAAAUUUUGCUGAGUGAACGAGUAUGGAUUAUAGAUUGGAUGAGACCUGUUUCUAUUUUGAAGAAGUGAUUGCGCAUUUAUCAUUGUUUAUUUGUUCUAUAAAAUACAAAGACAGCGCCUCGGAGGCGAAAGUUGCUUUUCUCAAAAACGUAGAAAAUAACCUAAAGAGAACCAUAUCAUUGUGUCGGUCGCAUUGUCCUUUUUUUUUAACGAGCUGGAAGCUUCUGCCACUUUUUUCCGUCUUGAGCUAAUUUUAUUACAUUUUAUACCCAGUGUCUGUGGGAGACGUCCACUUAUUCCUAGAUAGAUCAAUCUAUAGGCAUGCUUUUUACGCUUCAGUGACUGCAGCUUUGGAUCUGGAAUCACUUAGAUCUUCGGUACAUGUUGAUGUCGACUAAGAAUAUUUAGGUGUCUACGGUUUUUUACGAGUGAUCUUCAAAGUAGAUGAUGAAACAGUUUACCAACAACGAGCAACUGAGCUACGAAAAUGUCGUAAAAAUUGCAGCGAUAAAUAUUUUGUUACAUUGGUUGAUUGUUCGGCUAGCAACAAUCAAAAAAAUAUACUACACAAUUAUUAUGGUUAUUAUAAUGAGAUUUUUAUACUAUUAUAAUGUAUAAUUCUCGCAUUGUGUUACUGAUGGGCCUUGCUAUAGUUGUCGCCAACUUUCCAAUGCAAUGGAUGCUGAGUAUUUUGAUUAUAGACACUAAAAGAACUGUGAGAAGCUCGUGUCUGUGGCGGUAUCCCAGAUCCCGGUGCUGCUUAUUGUAUAAGCUGUGAAAUCAUGCUUUAUUGAUAGUUAUCAUUACAGUCCAGAAAGCACGUAUACGCAUUUCUGCAUUGCUUUAUAAUUCGACUAUGUCUAGGCUCGCAAGUAGUUUCGCAUCGAGUCAAACCAUGACCCAAGAAAUUAUUUCGAUUGGCUUUUCUACGGUAGGUUCACGCAGUCAACUAAUAAGUAUAGUGUAAUAAUGGAUGCACGAAGUCGGUCGUAGAAGAAAAAAUAUUAUUGUUAUGGCGUCUUGUCAUAAAAUAUAAAAUUGUGUCUAAGCCAAUACUGAUGCAGUGUAAGAAAUUAUAAACGAUUCAUAAGAGAAAGUGAAUCAAUUUUUGACGUCCAUAUUAGCCAAUAAUGAUAAUAGCAAAGUUAUUGAGUAAUAAUUUAUAUUAAGUGUUCUCUAAUUAAUUAUCAUAGGACCUGAACCUGUAAGUUAUAGACUAUAUAACCGACGAAGUAUUUGUAAUAAUCAAAGCAAUGACGCAUUUCAGUGUUUUGACGAGUAGGUUAUAUAUUUCGUUUUGAGUAGCAAUAUGUAGAAGCCCAGCAGUUCUGCUUCGAUCAAGAGCUAUCCGAUCAGGCUCUUCAUGUGCAACUUCAUUUGAGCUCUAUUUUAUAGAUAUGCAAAGUGUCUGCAUGCAAACAUAAGCGAAAUUUAAUUUUAAUAAACGGUUAUUAGGAGAAAUAAUACAUAAAUAAAAAAGGUGGUUAGAAGGACUGAUAGCAUUUUUUGAAUGAUCGCUAGCUAAGUAAAGCGAAUGCUGUCUAAUCUGAUCUUAUUUUUAUUUUAUCACUGAGGGCCUGUUUUCCUGCUAUUAUGUGCUAUCCUGAUCAUGCGGACCGACGCUGUCUAAAAAGAAAGUGAAUGAGAACCAAAUAGCAGUAACCUUUUUUAACUUCCAGUUCAACUAUAUUUCGAACAUUUCGUUGCUAAUACAAUAUGUGUAUGAAACCGUUAAUACAUAAUUGCAAACGUAUGUUGAAAGAACUACUGCUUAAUCUAGGUCGGUUUCACAGAAUUCAUACCUCGUGUAAAUGCCGACGAAUCUUAAACGGUGUGGUCUCUAUGAUUUUCUAGAUCGAAACGAACCAUUUGGAAUCGCGACCAAUAAAAUACCUAAAUAUGACUGUUAUCAGCGAACCCGACGAACCCUGAAAUUCACUAACUUUGAGUUACACGCCACUAGUAGACAAAAUUCGGCUGGUAAGUACUUCAGUGUUCUAAAAACUUGUUCGCUCCAGGAGAAAUGAGCUCAAAAAAAUAUUUAUUAGUCUCGAAAAUCGACGUUCAGUGGUCAGAUUCUCUAAGGUCGCAGCGUUGCAAAAAUUAAUCAAAGACUAGUGAAGAUAUUAGCAAGAAAUCUUUACGCGAAAACAUUACGUGAACGGUGCAAACGUUUCAAAAACGGAAAUUACAGUGGCUGACGAGCGGGUGACCAGUUGUUGGGACUCGGCAAAAACACUGGCAACAGAUUAGGCGAAGGAAUGGGGUCACCUUGGAGAGAAUCGAGUUGGGUGGCAGUGUGGAGUAGGUAAUGACAAUAGUUGCAACAGACAUCAGAGAUAUCUGCUGAUAUUUGGCGACAACGAAACAAUGAAUGCAGUCCACUGUCUUGAGUUCCUAAAAGACUCAUUCCACGACGAUCGUAGGCAGGUAGUUUGCGUGCUUAAGGCUAACGCCGAGCCUCAUCGGCAUAUCUCAACUAUUUCCCGGAUUGAACAGAGGAGCAUCCAACAUUCGCUCUUAUCCGUUCAUUCUCCCGAUCGAAGUCCAUAUGACUGUUGGACUCCAUGCCUCAGUAAGGGCAACUGGCGGGCAAGCUUAUUUCACUGUAGACUUACGUUGAGGAGUUUAGGAAAAAAAAUUGUCGAAAAACUGCCAAAGCGACGAAGUAUGUAAAAAUGCAGUAGAGUAUUAAAAAUGAUCAUUUUAUUUCAGUUAGUUAAAAAGUUAUUUCAUUUCUAAAUCCGUCGAAUUCGCUCAUAACAGCCUAAUAGAUGUUUGAACAUCGCCUUUGACCUUUGUCUCUGAUCACUUGUACAAUGUGCAUGAUUCCAAGUACAAAACAGAUUUUAAUAUCACCUGAUGAGAGUAUGUCUAUGAUAUCUACGAUGAAAGUAAUUUCUAUCAAGAUAUCAAUAUACAGUUUAAAUUUAAGGGUUCUUACAUGAAUAUAUUUUUAUAAAAUGUAAUAUGGUUAAUUUACGGUUUUAUUUUCAAUUAACAUGCAGCGAUUUAUGUAGUUACGAAAUAAAAAAUAAAAAUUUUAUAAGCUUACAAGGAAGGGUAAUGCCGCAUCUUGUCAUCUAUUGUAUUUCUCUAUCCGAGUUUCUGCUUAUUUAUAGACACACAUACAGGAGCUUGUUCUGGAAGCAUUAUUCUAAAUUUAUCCCUAUCAGGCCGACUUAGCUCUUUCACGUAUAUCUGCCACUUGAGUUGUCCUGUGUUCUAGGCUUUUGUUCAAGUUGCGAAGUUUGCUACUACUUUAAGGUGCAGGCAUUACCUGCCAGAAUAUUAGGAAGUCGAUAUCCAUUCGUUGUUACAUAUGCUGCAUGGGCCCUUAAUGUUGAUUUCGCUAGCUCCUGGAGCGCUUUGUCAGCAAGUAACCUACACACGUGCUUGAGUAACGCAACCGUCGAUAGAAGUGCUGUUGGUUGUGCUGCUUUAUUCAGUCAGCUCUCAUCCAAAAACGAGAGGCAAAUCGGAUAAACGUAGCAUACGUCAGUAUCUGUCGGACCUCGUAUCUUUUAACUUUGUAGUAAUAAUCGAUAAUAAUUACUCCAUUCAUACAUCCAUUAAGACCAAUUCUCACUCGCAAUUCGACUUAAGUAACGAGGUGGCGAAUAUGUUACAUUUGUUGCCGCAUUCUGUUUGCGUUCAAUGAAGGUUAUAAGCAUAGCAGACGCGAUUACGAUACAUAUGAUAAAUUUAUUCUCUAUGAUAUAUAUAUUUCUCAAUUAUUUUAAAUGUAAGUCAAUUUGGCAAGCCUUUAAACAAAGCUUGUAAUAGCAAAUACAUUAUGGAAAUUUUUCCUGCCUGAAAUUUUUCACCUGAAUAAAUAUUCGUAGCACUAGCUUUAUUAGAGUAUGCUGUUACAAAAGCGAGUCUCAGUAGUAACAAGCUGUGCGCCUUUGGUUUGUUUGAUAUUAGUGUUUAUAUCAGCAUUCUAUAGAACUACAUCCGUUUUCGAAACUGAGGAUUUGUUUCCUUUCCGUGAGUUUUUAGGACACAAACUGAUUGACUGAAUGUAGUCGUGUUGCUGCUACUACCGUAUUUACUGCGGCAGCGUGGCUUAAAUGACAAACGACCGCCCAAUGUAGCUGAUCUACUCUGGAUCUAUUACUCUAGAGGGUUGUCGAGCUCAAUCUGCUUCUCGCCCCAAGCCCUAGUUUCGCCUAUCUUCUUCUUCAGUACUCAAUUCGAUAUUGGUGUUGCCACUGGUCCGUCACCACUCGUAGUGUCCUUACGGCUGUUACUUAAUUCUGUCGCAGUGUUUUUGCUUAGGAAGGUGCUUGAGUUUAGCAUGUUAUAUGCCCUGGUGGUAACGGAACGGGUGAUUAUUUCUGAAAGUGGUCUUGGUUAUUAGACCAAAGUGGGGUAGCCAGUUUGAUAAACCGCAAACAUUGCCAGCGUAAGUUCGCACUGCGUUAGUUGCGGACAGACGAUGGCAAGAAGGCGGAUAGCUGCGCCAGCAAGAUCAGGCACCGCCCAUUGGUGAAGAAGAACAACAUUGGUUCUCUUGCCGGGCACGCUAAAGUAGAUCGUAAAUAAUCGAAUCUUAUGGGACAUCGGCAUGUAACGUCCGUAUCACGUCAAACAGAAAUUGUACGCCAUAUUAUGGAAUGAGAUGAAGUACGCGUGCAAGUGCCAUAUAUUAAUACACUAAUUAGUCGAAAUCAAGCAAAUGACUUUCAAUGAGUUCAAUAUUGUUUUUACAUUUACCGGUGUGUGAAGCUUUAUUUCUGUCGGAUAUGCAAUUGGAAGCAAUGUUUCAACUAGGACAACGUCGAUAACUGCGAACCGCUAAGUUUAAUUUCACUAAUGAUCUUUCACCGAUUUUGAGCAUAUUGCAUACUCGUUAAUACUGCAUAAAACGGAUAUUUGCUUAUCGAUAAACGGAACGGAGAAUUUCACGUGUGAAUUACUUUGGUUGCAAAUUUGAUACAAAAAAGCAAUUAGAAAAGACAUGUACUGCAUGCAGUAUCAUAAAAAUAAAAAUCUUUAACUGUGGGUCAGUUGUAUAAUUUUUUAUCACUUAUGAACUAAAAAUGGAGCAACGAUAUUACUAACUGAAUAUGAAUCAUCGAAAGUUGGGGGUGGAUCCCAAGAGAUCUUCGUCAAUCGCCAUUAUUACAUUCGUUAAUCAUGCCAGUUACAUGUAUCACUCCGAGCAGAUGCUAUAUGUAAAUGCCCAAUGAUACUAAUUUGAACAACGAACGAUUUUUAAGUCACGGUCCUGCAUAGUAUUGCAUAUGGUUCUGAAACGUGAUGUAGUAUGAUAGUUUAGGCGACGUUUUGGUGGUAUACAGUAAUAAAUCUGGUAAAAAUGAUACAGAAGAAAUCUUUGUCAACAAUAUAUGCACAAAACUGAAACAAAAAUCUAACACUGUCAGUUUGGAACCUCGUGAAAACGUGUCUGGUUGGGCCUGGUCCUCUGUUAACAUACCCAAUCUCUUGCUUCUCGAUUAGGUUUAAUUGGACUGCAACAAAGCUGUGGCUUCUAAAGCUUACUCCGACGAGCGCUUUACCAACAAUAGCCGCACUAACAACAGCUACAUUGACAAAUGGAACUCUUCCUCCCCUUCGUAAUGUAUUCUUAAGGGAGAUGAAACAUUGCUAAUGCGAGAAUCCUUCCAAUGGAAAAACCGCUAGGUCCCCUCACUUUCCAAAAUCGUGCAUGUUAUGAAGGGUUCCUUUGUGACUGGCGAAAAAAGCAGAGAAAAAGGAGUUUGCUCAAAUAAUCCUAUCUCGUUGCUUUUUUUUUAGCAUCUUGACCUCUUGUAGGGUCUAUAUGUGUAAUCGAGUAUAUUUACCAAACAAAACAAGACAGCAGGAGUGUGGUUUAUAGUUGUACGCAUCUCUGAAUGAAAUUUUGUUAACGCACCGUCUAUGAAUCGGAAGUCUAUAGAGCUAUUAUGAGUAACAAUUCUCCGCAGCUUUAUUAUACGUUAUUUAUCCACAAGCAGCGGAAAAGCCUUCAAUUUGGAUGAUGGUAAAAAUUUUUAUGUAAAAGGCUGCUUAAAGACAAGAAAGCCUAAAAACAAGCCGCGGCUUAGAUCUUUACGAGUGCAUUCUGGACAGGCUGCGAGGGUCGCCACCACAUUGGGUAAGAUUGCAACGAGAAACUCUUUCGAAGAAACCAGAGUUGCUCGAAAGAAUGAAACCUUUGGUCGAUUUCAGUUUAGGACAGUUCGGCAGCGAUUGCUGAACGCGCAGGAAAAUUAAAAUGCGUACUAUUGAAAUUCAUGUUUACUCUUACAAAAUACUAGAAAAGUAUUUUCACUGCGGCACCCAAGAAAUUGUUUACAGUAGUUGAACCGUUUUAUUUAAAUCACAUAUUUUUUCAUCAGAUUCUUGGAUAUUUCGCAGACAGCAUUUUUUGUGUCGUUAAUAAGUUUAAUACUAGGCGAUCUAAGAAAUAUUAGAAAGCACCGAGAGAAGUAUUUUUAUAUAUAUUAAAAUAGAAAAAUAGUCAUACAUUAAUACUCACAUUUCAUAAGAGUAAUUGUAGCCCCUCUCCUAGACAACCGUUAUAAUAUUGUCGCUCAGUAAUGUUAAACGGGGCAUGAGGUUAUUUAUACCACAGGCCGUAGGAUGCCUGAAGAACGUGUAGAUUCCCUCUGAGCCAACCGUCUUCCGGACUUCUCGCUUGUUUGCCGUAUCAUCCAUCAACCCGAGACUACACCUCUAUGUCCCGGGAGCAUCCUCGAAGCAGCUUUUUUUCUACGACUUACAGUACUACCGUGGCUUGCGGCGUUAGAAGACAUUUUUAGCACAAUAACGAUGGUGGCGUUCGCACGCUAUUAUCAAGAACUAGUUUUUGCGAGACUAUUCUAAUUAGACUGUAAGCAAACUACGUAAUGGUUGUGCGUGCCAACGGCGUUAUUCUUUUUUCAGUUUCAUGUGAGCAAAAGAAAAGAUUGUUUAUUGUUCCUUAGCACAUUUUCUAAGAGCGGGUUUUGUCGAACGAAUGGAACGAACCAACCGUUCGUGACCAUCGAUAUUGAAGUAUACUUCCAGAAGCACAUAGUAUUACCCGUGAUAACCGUAUGAUUGCAACUUUUGCUCGCUAAUUAUUAUUAUUAUUACUUAUGAAAUAUCGAUAUUGUACACCUACCCUAUACAUAUGUAAUUUGACUGCACCAUUAGAUUUAGCAUAGUCCAUGUCAUAUACUAAUUUAAUCUUUCAUAUUUGUAUUCUGUUUCUAUUGCAGAAUGAGCUUACUGCGUACACAUUUUCGAGUAGGCUUUCUCUGGGAAGAGAAGACAACGCCCAGAAAACCAUCGUCGAUAUUAGAGCUAUGAUCAACGUAGCGCACGCUGUAGUCAGCACAGCGGCUUUGUCGAGGAAGCAUACAGGCGCGCCUGGCGGCGGCAUGAUGUCCUCAUAUGAUUCACCAUAGCCCUGAUUAAUUUCGCGUUCUGUUUGUCCUUAGUCUAACGGUAAUGAGUUUGGCCACUGCUUUCUGUAGAAGUUUGACAGACAUACACACUAUAGAGAAAAAAAGAAGAAGAUAGCAGUAUCUUUUUCUAAGCACGUGAGUAUUUUAGGCGUGUUACUGAAUCUCGCAAGCCGCCUAGCACCUGAACUGCAACGUCCAGCUUUGGUUGCUGCAUAGGUAAAGAAUCAACGUGUAGACAGAAAGGUAGCCGUAACUAUACGGUAUAUACUGUUGUAUGCUAGACGCAAGAGGAGAGAUUUGACACGUACGUAUGUAUCCCAAACUCAAAAAAUUGGCCUAAAUAGUAUUUUCGACAAAUACGGCCACUAACUUCUGCUCAGUGACUCAACCAAAUCCCAGCAAGUGUUCGUCAGUGUUUGUCAGUUAGACAGCUUAGAGAAGUAGAACACUCAACGAAGCCAUCGAGGUUUGACCGGAAAUCAGUCUGCUUCGUCUAAUCUGAACUCAUAUCUCCCUUGAAUCACCGUUGUGUUGUCUAUACGUUUGUUACUGUUGUUAUCAUCGUAACUCUAGAGCAUAUAAAAAAAGGAGUUGAGAUGCAGUCGUCAGUGAAGACCCCAGGCAGCGUGGCCCCUUCCGGCCGCCCCAUCAAAUGUGUGGUCGUGGGCGAUGGUACCGUGGGAAAGACGUGCAUGCUGAUCUCCUACACCACUGACUCCUUUCCAGGAGAGUACGUGCCAACGGUGUUCGACAAUUAUUCAGCAGCAAUGAUGUGCGAUGGAGUGGCGGUCUCUCUUGGCCUUUGGGACACGGCAGGGCAGGAGGACUACGAUAGGCUGCGGCCUCUUUCCUAUCCACAGACUGACGUAUUCCUCGUCUGCUAUUCGGUUGUCAGCCCCUCGUCAUACGAUAACGUGCUAAGUAAGUGGCAACCAGAAAUCAAGCAUCACUGCCCCGACGCGCCAAUCAUUCUCGUCGGAACGAAGACCGAUCUACGCGAUGACAAAGAAGCGUUGCAGCAAUUAUAUGAGCAGGGCAUCACUGGGCCGAUACGACGUGAACAGGGCCAAAAAUUGGCCGGAAAAAUAAGAGCCGUCAAGUAUCUCGAAUGUUCGGCUCUGACACAACGGGGCCUUAAACAGGUGUUUGAAGAGGCUGUACGGGCUGUCCUUAAACCCGAACCGUACAAGCGCCAGCCGAAGAAGUGCGCUCUCAUGUAAAAAUGGGGAAAGGGAAUAUGGUCAACAGAACCCGAACGAGGUCUAUUACACUACCCAUAUCUAGAUAAAAUGUAAUGAUAAUACAAAGAUUGACAUAUGUGAGGCAACAGCAUCGGCGGCCAUUUGAAGUAGUUCCGUUGUUGUGGUUGUUUGCACAACGUAAGCAACCACACUACAUUUCAAUUCAGGGUCGCGUAAUUAUUGUAGAUCAAUCGUUUGACACGAGAUGGGUGCAGGAGAGAACAAAAGAAAUAGGAAACAACACAAAGUGUCAGCAAGUGGAAAAUGUCCUGCGGGAAAACCAACUAUGACUGAAUCGACCAGAUUAAGUAGGUAGUUGUAAUGAGUGUUUGUAAUACUAACAAAGGCUGUAUAUGACUGUUGGGAGUUAUGGACACUCGCUAAGAGAUACGACACGAUUUGAUACAAAACUUGAGCAGACUCUGCGAUGUGUUUGCUUUUCCGAAAAGGCUUCAGUUAUCGAUUGUGGAUAAUGAGCCAUAAAUAAAACAUGUUUGAGCGAUCUCUGGGUGGGCGUUCUGAGAACUGGAAAAAGUAAUAAGAAGGAGACUGUACUAUUAGAAAUGUAGGUAGAGAGUUUUAAAUGAUCUUAAGAGUCCGAUAAUAAAAUCCUAAGCGUUUGUAUGAUCUAGGCUGAUUCAGCAAUCCGCCCGAGGGCUGCGCUAUAUAAAUGCUGUAGGAAUGAGCAGCUAAGGAAAUUGUCUAAAUGUGGCUAAACUAAACAGCUUAAUACCAAUCGAAUACUAACUGUUAUAAAUGGAAGGGGAUAAUCAUGAUGAGCACGGCGAACUUAACAUCUCAGUCAGAACACUUUCUCUCAAACCUGGCCUAGCUAUUACUGUCAUUGGUAACUACGUACAACAUUAGACCUGACUAGGGAAGCAAACAGCUAUCCUUCUCACCAGUCAAGGUUAGCAUAUAGUCCUGAUAAUGUGAUGAAAAUGCAGGAGUUGCGUCUGCAAAGUACACAAACACAAAUGACCGUUAAUAUGGCGACUCGAUGGGCGAGAAAUGUUGAAGUGACAGAUGUAUCCCUCUUCGUGAUAAUAACAUAUUUUGAUAUGCACAGAUAAAUAUACUAUUAUAGAAAAGCGAAUCGUAAGAGUAACAGGCGUAGACAUGAGAGGAGCUGUCGAUUACGUGAAUGAAAGUAAAUUGCCAGGUGAUUGCUAAUGAGCAGUGGGGCAGGGUAUAUACAGUAAAAACAGAUGUAGCUAUCGCCGUAUAUGGACUUGUGUGUACUGGCGAAGAAAUGCUCUAUAUCGAUGUAGACAUACGUCAGCCAUUGUACACCGCGACGAUAGGAAAGCAUCCUAUUACAUUCAUAAGUUCCUGGCCUCCUUCUUCCUAAACUACGUUUGUAUUUCCAUUAACGUAUCAAAAGAUCCACUAAAUAAGCUUGAUAAUUAAUUUUAAGGCUAACUAACUUUGUGACGCACAUAACCCUGCAAAGCUUACAUAGCUUCUUUUACCUGGCACUGUUUAGUAUCCUCACUAUACAAUAAGAAACUUAUUGACUCGUUAGUACUACGAUUAUUGAUAUCAUUAUUAUUACAAAGAGUCUCAACUUGUCUAGCUGCUCUUCUUUAAUUCGAUACUCUAUCGAUAUGUGCGUACCACAUGAUGGCUGGGCAUUGACGGACAAAUGUGAAAUACGGAUAUCAGCCAUGGAACGACACACCACAAAUCAACAACGUAUAAAAAGAAAAUCGAUUACUGUAUUUCUACGACGACGCGUUCAUGUAACUUCAAAAUCAACAACACUAAAACAAAUCAUCACUUUUUUCUACGCAUUUGCUACAACAUCAACGUGCUGCAGUGUAAUUCAGGUCUUGAUAAAGAAAUCGUUUUCUCAGUGUUGAGAAUGAUGACUGGUGCAUUUGUCAGUGAUAUGCUUUGUACCAUAGUAACAAUACUACUAAGAGGAACUUGAUCGACAGAAAAUGAAAAUGCAAUUGAGUGUAUAUGUGUAGUCUACCUCGCAUACUUCGGCCCCGAUCUGUGAUGCGGGUGGAUGUACUGCUACAAUAUGGAAAUUAAAAUAUUUUGAAAAAAUGAAAAUUUCUUGCAUGAAUGGGAAUUGAUAAUGUAGAGCGUUACUCUUUAUGUAAUAAGAGGCUUCUCCACCAUGCACUGUCGGCAUUUAAUUAUAUAUGCCAUUAUUAUCAUUAUUUAUGAGAUACAUUGCAUUACGUAUUUAAACAUAUUAUUUCUCAGCGAAUAUAUACAUGUAAACCGAGUAAGUGUAUGGUAAUUGUUUGUCAGCGAAUGCGCCUAUUCUGUCUGAAGUAGUGGGCCUUCAUACGCCUACACACUUCGCCGUAAUCGUUAUUAUUACUCUUUUAAUUUGUCAUGUUCGAAAACACGCCUGCCUGUUGAUGCAAACUGGAUGGAACGAUAUCCUACAAAAAAAAACGCUAGCUUGGGAUUAUCAUUUGAGUUAACAGCAGCGGCAUAACCUAGAAGAGUGACGAUACGGUAUGAUUUAUGGACAGUAAUAAAUAAUAAUUUCACAAUAAUAGUAUAACAUGAAGAAGUAAAACGAUCGGAUGGUGCAAAUGUAGAGCUCUUCAGGAACGAAUCUGUUCUUCUUGACGAUAUAACAAAUAUAUUGAUAACAACAAUAAUAUUAUUACAAUUGAUAUUGACAAAUACAAAAUAUCAAUACAAAUGUACUAAUAUAUUAUACAAGACUGUUUUCUUUGGGAAUACAGAAAUAUAGUAUUUUCCAAAAAUUUAAAAUUCCGAAGAAUCCAUUUUAUUCUAUUUGGAAAAAAGUUAGGUGAUAACACUAGGCAGAUGCUAAAUAGCUAUUUCAAUUCAUCUCAUGCAUAUAUUAGGCUAAAAUAUUCGACGUUUUCCCCCCUAAGUAUUUCGUAUCCUUUCCCAACUCAUCUUGCAGUCACACAUCUAAUUUGAAUCAUAAAUUUACUCAUUGCUCUGGAGGGCUGGCCGGUGCCACCACGCAACGAAAUAUGCUUCCGCACCUAGAUAUCCAGGUGUUUUUGAGUGUCAAACAAAAACACGGUACCGCCAAGCUAUCAAAAAUAUGCAUAUGUGCGUCUAAACUGAGCAAAACUGCUGUGGCAACAGUUACGUUGGCAUGUGCCAUAUUUGUCUCAAUUCCUAAUUAUUAUGAGUCAACUGACCUAAUGCUUCCGUCAUCAAUUAUCACCACUAAAGCUGACGUUUGAAGCAUGGCACUGUUGUAAAAAACGUGUUUUUAAUCGAGUUAAGAGUAUUUCAUAAUGCAAUCACAAAUGAAGCACAAUGUGUAUUUUUUUUUAUGAAUAUAAAUUUAUUUCUUUUGCGCGCUGUUCUCUUUUUACUGCUGUAAUCCGUUCACAUAUAUUUUCAUUCGCUGGCCUCGAGUUGACUUCAUUUAGAAUUAACGUAUUCGUGGCUUAUGUUUUUAUUAUUAAUCAUUUCGUCAUGUUUACCUUUUCAUUUUCCUGUUGUGUCUAUAUUAAUCUCAAACACAGCUACCUAAGAUUAUCAAUCUCAUAUGCUUGUCUAUCUGCUU